CACGUCGCGUUAUAACAUUCUUCUCUCCUCGUGCACGGGGUCUUUUGGAGAAAAUACAUCUACGUUCAGUCGCGCGGCUACCCGCUAAGUGAGAAGAGGAUGUAUGAGUUUUCGAGCUCUCAUCGUCUAUUAUAUUACUAUAAAACGUAGACAGUGUUUUACUUAUGUACGUCACGAGUGAUCGAACGGAUCUUGUGCGAAAACCUAACCUACCGAACAGUACUAUACGUAGUUUAUUAUCAAUAAUAUUUACCGAGAGAAAGAAAACGAGUAACGCAAAUCCUAGCGUGUGCGGCGAUGUUUAUCGAUAGCAAAUGUGUGAUGUGUGAAUUUUUAGUUAUUAUACUCGCCACGAUAAAAAGGCUCAAGUGUUGCUGUUUGUCAUUGUUACUGUGAUAUCGAAAGUCAUUCCUCUACAACUUUAUCUUUUUAUUUCCUUCAAUUUAUAAUAGGAUAUAAAAAGAGAGGUUUUCGACUUUUUGUCGAUAGUAUUAUUUUUUUCGAGGAUAGAGUGAUAUUGAUAGACAAACAAACAAGCGAAAAGUUCCAAUUUUUUGUAAGAUUCUGCAUAAAGUUUUUAAUUAUUGAAAUGAACAGUGAAGAGUGUAGACUACAAACUUUUCAAGAAUGGCCAUCAAAUACACCUGUCAGUCCAGAGAGACUAGCUAAAGCUGGUUUUUAUUACACCGGACAAGCACAAGUAGUUCAGUGCUUUAUUUGUGCCACAACACUGACUGAAUGGAAUUAUGGUGAUCAAGCCAUGGCACGGCAUAGACUUGCUAAUCCAGAAUGUCCAUUCGUAUUGGAUCCAGCUGCUACUUGCAAUAUUCCUAUAAUUAACUCCAAUGGAACUGCGGCUCUUCCAAAUUCUAGUGAUAAUAAUUCCAAUCGAAGUAUUGCUCAAAGUGCGGAUAUGAAGAUGUAUUCUAACAGAUUGAGUUCUUUUCAUAAUUGGCCCAUUUCUAAUAUUAUUUCACCUGAAAGAUUAGCUAGAUCAGGCUUUUAUUAUCUACAAUUGGCAGAUAUGGUUGAGUGUGUUUAUUGCCAAGGUGUUAUACUAAAAUGGGAACCUGGUGAUGAUCCUGAUCGAGAACACAGGAUCCACUUUCCUAACUGUGAUUUUCAUUUGAGACAAGAAACAGAUGAAGAUCUGUCAGCAGAAAAAGUGGAAUUUGGUAAUGUCAAGUUGAUGCCUGGCACAACCUCUAGCUUUGCGGAAUUAGGUAUUCAACAUCACUCAGCACCAAGGCAACCAAAACAUGCAACCUAUGAUGGCAGAUUGCGUACUUUUCAAGGAUGGCCAAGCAACAUACGUCAGACUCCUGAAAUGUUAGCUGAUGCUGGAUUUUAUUAUGUUGGUUCUGAAGAUCAAGUGAGGUGUUUUCAUUGUGAUGGUGGUUUGAGAAAUUGGGAAGAAACAGAUGAAGCUUGGACGGAGCAUGCAAAGUGGUUCCCUAAAUGUGGAUAUGUAAAUUUGAUUAAAGGACAAGAUUUUGUAACACAGUGUACCAAAAUUAGACCUCCAAUAGAUCAAUCGAUAUUGGAUGGUGUUCCUAGUAGCGGUGUGGAUAAUUCCUUAACACCACCAGUAACUCCUGCAAACUCUCCUCCGCAACGUCAGGCCAGGCGAUUAACAGAUGCUGAAUUAGAAGGACUUCUUGGUACGCCGCCAGCUGUGGCUGCAUUGGAAAUCGGCUUGCAUGUCGGUCGCGUUAAAAUGGCAUUGAAGAGAAGAAUGGAGCAGACAGGAUUACCAUAUACCAAUGCUGAUCAACUGAUUGAAGAUGCAACUCUAAUACAAUUGAGAGAAGAAGAUAACAUUAAUAUGACUAGUAGACAAACGCCUGAUUCUCCAUCAGCAGAAUUGACUCAUUUAUUGAAUCAAAUAAUCACCACUGCAGAAGCUGCAAGUAGCUCCAGUACUCCAACGGAAAUAAUGCUUAACAGUGAAAGAAACAAUCCUCCUGUACGCAGAAGAAGACGACCGACUCCUUCGGAAGACGAGAAAGAUGAAAAAACAGCAUCCUUGGAGGAUGAGAACCGCAGAUUACGGGAAGCACGCCAGUGUAAAAUUUGCAUGGAUCGCGAAGUGGCAGUGGUUUUUUUGCCUUGUGGUCAUUUAUCCACCUGCGUCUUCUGUGCGCCUUCCCUCACGCACUGCCCGAUGUGCAGGCACGACAUACGUGCUACGGUCCGUACGUUUUUGGCUUAAACCAAUAGUCUUUGUAGGUUAUUGAGGAUAUGAAGGUUUGUAUCAUAGAAAAAACAAAAAAAUAUCAAUUCAUUGGUUCUAUAAAUUUAUCUAUUAUGUUGUCGUUGCAACUUUAAAUUACCAUAGAACUUGGUUUAAAGGUAUUGAAUAAGAUGCAUUGAAUUUUUAGACAACUGUAUUUUUUGUAGUAAAUGACCAUACUUUUUCCAAUCAAAUUUUACAUUGAUAAUAGUGAAUUCUAUUAAUGAAUUUUCAAUUAGGUCGGAAGCCAAAUGCGUUUGCUACAAAUUUUAUUUUUAAAUCAAUAGAACUUAUUAGCGCAAAAAAAUAACAAUAUGUAAAUGAAAAAUAUUCAAAUUUUUCGAUGAUAGCUGAAAGCUGUUCAAGUUUGCAAUUCAAUAUAGAAUAUCGAAUCGAAAAUGUUAUUCGAACAAAACUAUAAGUAGAUAGAAAUUAACGCAACAUCUCAAUUCUUUAAUGCAUAGUCUAACACUGUUGCAAGGUAAAAAUAAUUUACAAUCUGUUGUUUCAAGAGCUUACAAACAAUAUUGUAUACACAUCUUUGAUACUGUUUAGAGUAUUGUUGCAUAGAAUAUUUACAUUAGAUAAUCGGACAAAGUUACAUUCAAGAAGAAAGCAAAUAACACAAUCUAUCUAUAGUUUUUUUUUGUUUUUAACAUGAAAACAGUAAAAGCGCACAGUGAUUUUUCAAUACCAAUAGUAAAGUUCUUACCAUAAAAAUUUAAAUGGAUUGAAGCCAAACGUCAGCUAGACUGAGACCUAUAACAAUAAGGUAAAUUUUAAGAAUUCUCUUAUAAUUUUGUAAAAUAUGUAUUUUUUUACAAGGAAUCAGUGUUUCGAGUAUCGGUACCAAAAUGAACAUUCGAUAUUUUUUUCAUACAUAAUAAUUUAAAUUGAUACAUAUUACAUUGAUUUAAUUUUUGCAAUGUAAUAGUAACCAAUUUAUUUUAUUACUUAUUAUUUAAAUUUCUCUAGUUUAUUAAGAAACAAAAAUAGAACAAUCAUUAUUUUAUGUUUGAAUGUUGUUCAAUGAAGAAAAAGGUAAAAGACAAAAAAACAAUUUUAUGUCGAGUGCUUGAAUGUUCCUGCAACUUGUUCGUAUAUUUGUAAACCGUUUAUGUUUAAUGGUAUGCGUUCACACGCUUAAUCAAAGCAAACGUGAUAUAAAAUGUGACUUCGCAAGGCUCAGGUAUUAGUCGAAUGAACUUUUUUCUUGCGCUCAUUCUAUAGAAAUGUUGUAUACACUUCGAAUGUGACGCAUCACUGUACAAAAAACAAUAAUAAUUUAACACAGUUGCAUAUUGUAAAAAAAUAUAAGGUAUUAGCACGUUUCUUCGAUAGAUAUACAUAUUGAAGAAGAAUAAUUAUAAAUAUAUAUCAUUACAUCGGAUUUUCACAUCGAUGGGUGUAAUUUAUUUUGGGUAAUUAUCUAUUUACUUUGUUGUUUAUAUGUAAUAUGCGUAUAGAAAGUAAAUGGAGUUAUAUCAACGUUAUGCGUAAAUAUAAUUUAUUUGAA